AUGGCAAAAAUGAAUCUCUCUUCCUAUAUAUUAAUACUAACUUUUUCUUUGUUUUCUCAAGGUAUUUUACUUUCAGCAUCCAAGUCCAUAAGAAAUUUAGACGAUGACAUGGUAUUUAAUACAUUCAGGUUGGGGAAAGCCUUUCAGAAGGAAGACACUGCAGAAAAAUCAGUUAUUGCUCCUUCCCUGGAACAAUACAAAAGUGAUGAGAGCAGUUUCAUGAACGAAGAGGAAAAUAAAAUUUCAAAGAACACAGGCUCCAAACAUAAUUUCUUAAAUCAUGGUCUGCCACUGAAUCUGGCUAUAAAACCUUAUCUUGCACUAAAAGGAUCUGUAGCUUUUCCAGCUGAGAAUGGAGUUCAGAAUACUGAAUCAACACAAGAAAAGAGAGAAAUUGGGGAUGAAGAAAACUCAGCUAAAUUUCCUAUAGGAAGGAGAGAUUUUGACAGUGAGUAGUCUUUUCAAAA